AUGACUUUAUCGGCAAAAUUUAUCUGCGAUGAUCCAAUUGGAGUUCGUUUAUUGAGUGCAUUACCCUAUGCUGAUGUGGUUUUCGGAUAUGAAGACGAAGCGAAAGUUCUUGCUAAAACUCAACUCCAUGUUCAGUCCUCCAGCUUACAUGCUGUUCUCGAAGCCAUUCGUGACACUCCGAAAUGGAAUCGAAAUCGACCACGGGUCAUUGUCGUAACAAAAAUUCCUGAGCGGACAACAGUUGCAACAGUUGAUGGUAUUAAAGAAUAUCGAUGGAAAAAACCUUCAAAAAUCGUCGAUACACAUGGCUGUGGUGAUGCAUUAGCCGGAGGAUUUCUUGCUUAUCUGGCUUUGGGCAAGAGCGUGGAUCAAUGUGCCCAUGCUGGCUUAUAUUGUGCCUUCGAAAAUCUGCAGCAACUUGGUUGUCAGUUUCCGCCCAAACCAUCUUACAAUGGCUAG